AUGACCGAUUGGAAAGCGGUACCAGUUUUAAUUUUAAUGCAGACAAGUUACCAGUUUCGAAAGGAUUCAGUAAUCGAGAGUUUGUUUUCUGUGUUAAAAAUGCGUGUUUCGAGUGGAAAAUUAGUGUUUUAUUUUAAAGUUAUGUUGUUUGCUUUCACUUCUGGAAAACCCGUAGAUGUUGCUACUGGAGCUAAAUUAAACGCCACGAUACAAAAAACGCCAACAAACUCGGAUAUAACCUUCCCUGAAGAAGACGUCUUUUUACCAUCGCCGCCGUCCUGCCAAUCGGGCGACGCUUUCUGCGAGCACUUCCCUCACUAUCCCCACGGAUACGUGGAGCGCGCUCUACGCCGGCAUCGACUCGACCCCGGCCUCUUCGGGGUAGACGCCGUUCCAGAGUACACCGGUCGAGAUUCCUCAGACACUUUCAUGUGCAAAUCCAGAGUAGCGACGGUGUUCCCGAAGGUGGGCAGGAAUAUCAAGAACGAUUGGCGCAUUAUCGUAAAUCAAGGGAACAGUGGUGAAUACGUGCAAGGCGUAGUCGUGGAGACAUGUGUAGGGCAAGGAAGCAAAUGCGAUGUUAUAAACGACUUGGUGGAUGAUAUGGUGACAUCCUGCAAACAAAAAUACAUCUACAGGAGGUUGUUGUCACUCAAUGAUAAAGGUCAGAUCGUGCAGGAUUCGUUUAAGCUUCCGUCAGCUUGCUGUUGCACUUAUAGAACAAAUUACCACUUUUUCGACAUGUAUAGAAAAAGAAAAUAA